GUUAAGGCAAAACAAUACUGGGGAGCAGGGAUUUUUCUUGAAUAUUGCCAGAACAAAAUAGGGGAGGAAGAUCUACUGGAGGGGAAGAAGUCUACAUCUGCAUGGGAUUCCAUAAACACUUUCCUAAACUCUUCGGCUUGUGCUGCAGAGAGAAGACAAGCCCAUCUGGGGGAGGGGAAGAGGGAGGAGGUAGGUGGCUAUCCUCCCAGAAAGUGUAUUGUCGGCCUAGGUCUGAGUUAAUGCUAAUCGACUGUGCAUCAGGCAAGAGAAAGCUCCUCUCCUGUCCUUUCAGUAGAGAAGUGGCUCCUGGCCCGAGCUGGUCAGUUUCCUUUCCUUGCCUGGGCUCUCCACUCAGAAGCAGUGAGCCCUCAGUCACUGCGCAGAACUCCCUCUGAUCCUGGCAGCAGGCACAAGUCUUCUAACCUGCAAGACUGAAUCAGAAUGAGUCAUUUGAAGCUCCCGGAACAAAGUACUUGCAGCUGCCUCUCAAGACACAGCCUCCAUGUAGGUGGGACACACCUCUCGGGGCAGUCACAUUUUUUUUCCUCCUUCCUUCAAACAGGCAGGGAAUUCUGAUGCUCCCAAAAGACCGGCUCUACCCCCUCGGCUCGCCUGCCCCCUACUAUGAGAACUCUACUUCUCCAGGUCCAACAGGAGUUUUAAAAUAAAAUGGAUGAUUUGACGCUACUUGAUCUCCUGGAGUGCCCUGUGUGCUUUGAAAAGCUCGAUGUCACAGCCAAAGUCCUCCCCUGCCAGCACACCUUCUGCAAACCAUGUCUACAGAGGAUUUUCAAGGCCCACAAGGAACUGAGGUGCCCGGAAUGCCGGACCCUGGUGUUCUGCAGCAUCGAGGCUCUGCCAGCCAACCUGUUGCUGGUGCGUCUGCUGGAUGGUGUGCGCUCGGGGCAGAACUCCUGGAAAGGGGGCUCCUUUCGCAGGCCUCGCAUACUGACCUUGCAGGACAACAGGAAAACCAAGACCAGUUCCAGAAGUCUACAGGCCAGCCCUUUCCGGCUGGUGCCCAGUGUCAGGAUCCACAUGGAUGGGGUGCCGCGAGCCAAGGCCUUGUGCAACUACAGAGGGAAGAAUCCAGGUGACCUGAAGUUUAAUAAAGGAGAUGUCAUUCUCCUCCGGAGACAGCUUGAUGAGAACUGGUACCAGGGGGAAAUCAAUGGGGUCAGUGGGAUCUUCCCAGCCAGCUCCGUGGAGGUCAUCAAGCAGCUGCCCCAGCCACCACCACUCUGCAGGGCCCUCUACAACUUUGAAAUUCGAGACAAGGAUAAGAGUGAGAACCAGGACUGCCUGACCUUCCUCAAGGAUGACAUCAUCACAGUGAUCAGCCGAGUGGAUGAGAACUGGGCGGAAGGGAAGCUGGGAGAUAAAGUGGGCAUCUUCCCCAUCUUGUUCGUAGAGCCAAACCUCACAGCAAGACACCUCCUAGAGAAGAACAAAGGGCAUCAGUUAUCUCGCACAAAGAACCUGUCCCUGAUGUCCUCACCAUCCAGAGGCAAAGCAACCAACACACCCACCCUCCGAAAGAGCCCUGGGUCCAGGAGGAAGGGGUCUGGGCAGUUCUCCAUCACAACAGCCUUGAACACACUCAACCGCAUGGUCCAUUCUCCUGAAGGUCACCAGAUGGUGGAAAUCAGCACCCCCGUGCUCAUCAGCUCUAGCAGCCCCUCUGCGUUCACUCAGCCUGGGGACAAGGCAGACUUCCCUGCCAACUCUGCUGUUCAGGUCAGCACUUCUCAGCCCGCACCUGCCUCUCCGGGACAUUCCACAGCCAUGGUCAGCGUGCCCAGCUCCCAGCAACAGCUCUCAACUAACAUGUUUGUAGCCCUGCACACUUAUUCAGCCAACGGACCUGAGGAGCUGGACCUGCAGAAGGGAGAAGGCAUCAAGGUUUUGGGGAAGUACCAAGAUGGCUGGCUAAAGGGUCUCUCCUUAGUCACGGGACGAGCUGGCAUCUUUCCAAGUGACUACGUCAUCCCCGUUUUCAGUUCAACAGCUAGAAAGACAUCUAGUUUUCCAGAUCCCCGGAGUCCCACUGUCUACACCACAUGGGCAUUACCCACCUCCUCUGUGUCCUCCCAGGGUAGCUUUUCAGAAGGUGAUCCCCGGCAAAACCGACCCUUCAAAUCCGUCUUUGUGCCCACUGCCGUAGUUAAUCCUGCGGGGAGCACAGCCAGCCCAGGGACUCCGGGACAAGGGUCUCAUCGGAAAGGGCGGAACAGCAUGAGAAAGAAUGGAUCCUUGCAGAGACCAGUGCAGUCAGGGAUCCCCACUUUCAUGGUGGGAUCCCUCAGGCGCAGCCCCACCAUGGUGAUCCGGCCUCACAAGUUCCAGUUCUGUCAGCCGCAGGGAAUGACCUCUUCCCCAGCACCCAUGAUGGUAGAGAUGGGGUCUAAACCCAUUUCUACUGGGGAGCCUGCCCUGACCUGCAGCUGCAGAGGUGGCAAGACCAGGAUCCACUCAGCGGCCAGUUCCCUCAUCAUGGAAGGCAAAGAGAUACCCAUCAAGAGUGAGCCACCGCCCAAGCCGCCUGCCUCCGCCCCACCCUCGAUCCUAGUGAAACCAGAAAAUUCAAAAAACGGCACCGAAAAGCAAGUCAAAACCGUAAGAUUUCAGAAUUACAGCCCUCCUCCUACCAAACACUAUGCCUCCCAUGCCACCUCUGGAAAACACGAACAGCCAGCCACCUUGAAGGGGUCCCAGCCUGAAGCAGUCCCCUCAGGAGCAGAGAUGACCGUCCUAUUUGCCCACCGAAGUGGCUGCCACUCGGGACAACAGACAGACCUCCGGAGAAAGUCAGCGUUUGGCAAGACGAUGCCCCCAGUAUCCACUGCUUCAGCCACACAGACCAUACUUACCAGCAAAUGAUUCCUUGGAUGGCUUUUUUUAGACACAGAAAGAGGUGAAUUGCAUGUAAAUACAGUCUGCCUCCACUACAGGCAUCCUACUGGUCUUCUAAGGAUUAGUCUCCUCGAACACCUGAAGGACUGGGAAGGUGUGAACUGCUGCCCUGAAUUGGUUGGCCUCUCCCCAUGCACCCUACCAACACCACCCCACCACCCUGAGAUAGAGUUUCUCUGUGUAGCCCUGGCUGUCCUGGAACUCACUCUAUAGAUCAGGCUGGCCUCGAACUCACAGAGAUCCACCUGCCUCUGCCUCCCAAGUGCUGGGAUUAAAGGCGUGCGCCACCACCACCCAGCAUGUUUCUAAACUUAGUGAUUGAUUCAGCCGAGCCUACGGCUUGAGCCAAGAAAUAGGGACAGCGUUGGCACCUGGGCCUUACGCGUGCAGGAUUUGGCCUCUCGGCCCGUGCGCUCAACGUAAAACGUCUCCGCAUCCUAGGACAACUGCAGUGUGGCAGAGGUGAAAUUGUUCUCAGGGCCUCUUUGACCUCAUUGCCAUCC